AAAUAAUUUGCCGGCGAAGAAACCACUAUAUUAUGAUAAAUUUGUAGUAGGGGGAUUAUGCUGUGACUUUCGUGACAAGUGACAUCUGUUCUGAGGAAAAUAAUCGAAGAUAGUAAUCAAUGCAGGCCUACUACUAGGUAGUAGUAUCGGCCAUUGAUACACAUAGGCCAUUCCGCCAUUAACGAGUUGCACUGCCAAACAACAGCAGUCACUCUUUUAUAGCUAGGAUGGCAUCACUUGCUCCAGGGCAGCGCUACGAUUUAGUGAUAUUCGGGGCAACGGGCUUUACUGGACAAUACGUCGUGGAAGAAGUCGCUCGAGUUGCUCAGAAGGAAGAGGCUAGUAAAGUACCCCUUACUUGGGCAGUUGCUGGAAGGUCAUCCAACAAACUUCAAGAGGCACUCGCUACAGCUCAAAAAGAAACUGGACUAGACCUCAAAGAUGUUGGUCUUAUUCUUGCGGAUGUGAGUGAUAAAGAUUCACUGAAUAAGAUGGCAGCCCAAUCUUCUGUAGUUGUCAACUGUGUGGGGCCUUACCAGCUGUAUGGGGAACAAGUUGUUUCUGCCUGCAUAGACAAUGGUGCCAGCCAUGUAGACAUUUCAGGUGAACCUCAGUUCCUAGAAGGAAUGCAGCUCAAAUACAAUGAAGCAGCAGAAGCAGCUGGGGUUCAUAUUGUUGGUGCUUGUGGCUAUGACUCCAUUCCAGCAGAGAUGGGCCUGGUUCAUAUGAUAAAGAAUUUCAAAGGUGAACUGAAUUCAGCUCAGCUGUUUGUCACCACUAAAGGUGGGAAUUCCAAGACCCCAAUUCACACAGGAACCAUGGAAUCCGCAGCCCUUGCCAUUGCCAAUAAUAGUGAAAUUGCCAAAAUUCGACGACAGUUGUUCCCAAAACCUUUGCCAAAACCCAAGCAUAAGGUCACUAAGAAAGGAAUGCUUCACAAAAAUGAAUCUGUGAACCUAUGGGGAGUUGCAUUUCCUACUGAUGAACCAGUAGUGUACCGAACACAGAGACAUCGUCACGAUGUUUUAGGUCAGCGGCCAAUUCAGUUUCAGCAGUUUCUCGGAUUUCGUAAUGCUUUCACUGCCAUUGGUUUGAUCUGUGGUAUGGCAUACUUUGCUGUUGUAUGCUACUUCAAUUGGACAAGGAAACUCCUUUUAAAGUACCCAGAAAUAAUGACAGCUGGUGCGUUUAGACGGGCUGGAGCUGACCGUGAGGCCCUGAAAGACUUGAAAUUCACUUCUACUAUUAUUGGCCAGGGUUGGUCAGAAACAUUGUUGUCAGGAUCUGACCAACAUAGUGAAGCCCCAGAUUCAUCCAUUACUGUGAAGAUAUCUGGACCAGAUCCAGGCUAUGGAGCCACUUCACUCAUGAUGGUUGCUUGUGCCAUGACUAUCCUGCGAGAGAAACAGAAGUGUGCUGGCAGAGGUGGCGUGAUGACUCCUGGAGUUGCCUUUGCCGAGACCAGUGUAAUUGACCGUAUGGUGGAUCGUGGUAUGACUGUCACUGUUAAGCAGUAAGGAUUAUCAGAAUGGUUACUUAGACAAUCUAUCAGUAACAUCUAAUGGCUGAAAACCAUUCUGUUAUUAGCAUCCCAAGGUUUCAGAGCAUUCUGUCAGGAGCAUUCUGUUAUUACCAUUCAAGGGUUUCAGAGCAUUUCUCCAAUAUUGCUGUUAUUAUAAAAGGUCUUUCUCCAUAUUACGUUUACAUUAUGUUGGGAUUUAGACAAAGACAAAAAGUUUUAAUGUUGGUAUGUUGGCUGUCACAAAAUAGGGAAUUUUUGUAUGACAUGAUGAAAUGUUUGCACAGUGCUUUAGUUUAUUUUUAUAUGUGAACAGUAUAUGAACAAUAAAAAGUGAACAUUUAAAA